GGGGAGGGGAGGACGACGCACCUCAGGCAUAGGAGUGGUGGAGCAGGUUUGGUGAGCGGUGUGAAGGUUCUGCAGACUCGGAAGAGUGGGGGGCCACAUUCUAUGAGCAGGGAUGGAUGAGGAAUCCGUGUAUUCGGCCCAAUCAUUUCACAUCAGGACUGGAUCUGAGAGAUACAAUGAUAGCCAGAAGUCGGUCACCAUCCAGACCCCGGCCAGUCAACCGCUAUUGGAUGCUGAGGAGACAGGACGAGAAGAUGAGGAGGAGGAGGGGAGGGAUGAUAAUUGGGGUGAGACGACUACGGCGGUGACAUCAGAGCGCAGCGCCUCCCUUGAGGAUGUAUCUCUGCGGCGCGGACCCUCAGAGUCUCAGCCAGGCAGGCCUGGUGCUCGGACCAUGUUGGGGUUCUAUACGUUCUGUGUUCUUGGGGUUCUUACACUUCUGACUCCUCCUCUCUUUAUCCUUCUUCCUCAGGUGCUUUGGCGCUCCGACCUGGAGCCCUGCGGGGUCAUCUGUGAGGGUCUUUAUGUCUCUGUGGCGUUUAAGAUGCUGUUCAUGAUCCUGGGCUCCUGGGCUGUUUUCCUUCGCACUCCGCGCUAUGUUCUGCCCCGCCUAGUGGAGUUUCGGGCUUUCUUGCUUCUUCUGCUGUGCAUCUUCCUUCUCUCCUAUUGGCUGUUCUAUAUAGUGAGGGUCCUUGGGGGCCAGGAGCGGAACUUGCUGAGUGUGGUCCAGUAUGCCGCCUCCCUGGUGGAUGCCUUCAUCUUCAUCCAUUACCUGGCUGUGGUUCUACUAGAGCUGAGACAACUGCAGGCCUACUACAUCCUGACGGUGGUGCGGAGCAGUGAUGGGGAGAGCCGCUUCUACACCCUGGGGACAGUCAGUAUACAAAGAGCUGCUCUGUACGUGUUGGAGAAUUACUCGAAGGAUUUCCCUAUUUACACUCCGGAGCCGAAUGGCAGAAAGUUGGGAAAAUCUUCACGUCACUCGGAGGGGAAAAGUGUGGAUGGCUUGGGACAUGGCACAGCCAGCCAAUCACAGCUCAGCUCUGCCAACUACAAGGACCGCUACUACGAAGACAUAGAAUAUGAGCGGAAAAUACGCAGGCGCCACGCCAGGCUGGUGGUCGCGGUGCACCGCGCCUUCUCACAGGUGAAUCUCUUGGAUGACGGCACAAAAUCUUCCCAGGCUUUACCACCGAGAGAGGCCGCCCAGAGCGUCUUCCCCCUUGUCGCACAGAGCCUGCAACGUUACCUCCGCACCACACGGCAGGCCCAUCUGUACAGCAUGGAGGCCAUCAUCCACCAUCUCAGCCAGUGUCUCACCCACAAUAUGUCCGCUCAGGCCUUCCUGGAGCAGUACCUGCGGCCGGGGCCCACCUGCCAGUACUCUGGGGCCAACGUGGAUCAGUGGACGCUGUUGAGUGAGGAGUCGGUCACUGGGACCCUGCACUCCUCUCUGACCUUCUGCCUGCGGGGAGGGGACACUCAGCUGGUGGUCAGUGUGAGUCGGAUCCCCAGACUGACGCUGAGCGAGAGCUUCGUCCCUUCCAACUCCCAUCGCUUUGUGGUGAGGCUCUACCCUCCGGUCCUGGACAUGUCCACCAUCUCCCCAGCUUGAACGCACAGGAUGUAUAUUCGCUAUAUAUGAAAGGCUUGGGGGGGUCCUGGUGUAACCCGGUCCUACCUGCCAGGCUGUGUAAACUCUUCAGCUUCACUGAGGUUACAUAAACUAUAUAUCCAAAGCGCCAGUAUAUCGACCUCGGUGCCGGUACAGUGCUGCUUGCAGUGGCGAUAUUUCAGGUUCUGGUGCCUCAGGAAGAAAAGGAGUGUCUCUGCGAAAUGUAUGAGCAUUGGGGUCCGCUGCCCCUCCGGCACAUAACCUUUAUAUUUAUCAGAUAACAUACAAAGUUCUCUACAUAUAACGCUCUCACUAACCAUACAAAGCACACAUAUGUUGUACAAAGCACACGUAACGUACAAAGUUCUCUACAUAUAACGCUCUCACUAACCCUACAAAGCACACAUAUGUUGUACAAAGCACACGUAACGUACAAAGUUCUCUACAUAUAACGCUCUCACUAACCCGAGGGUGACGCACUUAUGUCUUCUAACAUUGUAUUAGCCGACAUCUGAGGCCUGGUGGGAGGAUGCAUCUAUCUGGCACAUAUAUAGGAAUGAUGUAUAUUCUCUAUCACCUGUCAUGGAAAGCUGUAUAACCUUGUACAUGGCGGGGUCAGGGAUAGUGGUGACAUCACCGCGAACGCAGUAUUAUAAGAGCCGACAAGAACUUGGAAUAUUCAGAAUCUGGAGAGAUCUCGAUAAUGUACAGAUGCAAUAAAUUUAUAUACUUUAA